AUGACCCUUUCAUCAUUUCUCCGCAUUGCCCCCCGCUUAGCCCCGACCGCGUCCCGCAGAACAACGCGGGCGGCGUCGUCGUUGGCCACGAGCAAUGCCCUGGACUCGAUUCUGAUUGCCAACCGAGGCGAGAUUGCUUUACGCGUUGGAAGAACUGCAGCAGAGCAUGGGAUCCGCGUAACGACGCUAUAUACUGACCCGGAUAGCCGGGCCCAACAUGCGCUGAGCUCACCGUUUGCCUUUAAUCUCGGCUCGGUCUCGGCGUAUUUGGAUGGGGAUCGCAUCAUUGAGAUUGCACAGAAAGAGGGCUGUCGCGGGAUACACCCUGGAUACGGGUUUUUGAGCGAAAACUCCGCCUUUGCGAGAAAAUGCACCGAGGCGGGAUUGGUGUUUAUCGGGCCGCCGUGGAAGGCAAUCGAAGAAAUGGGCGACAAGAGCCGGUCCAAAGAGAUUAUGACUGCUGCCGGUGUGCCCUGUGUCCCCGGCUACCAUGGACAAAACCAAGAUGCCGCGUUCCUCGAGGCCGAGGCUGAUGCAAUUACUUACCCCGUGCUUAUUAAAGCCAUCAAAGGCGGCGGUGGAAAGGGUAUGCGAAUCGCCAGCUCCAAAGCCGAGUUUCAAGCUCAGCUCGAGUCUGCCAAGUCCGAGGCCAGAAACUCCUUCGGAGACGACCAUGUGCUGGUGGAGAAGUAUAUCACGACCCCGCGGCACAUCGAGGUGCAGGUCUUUGCAGACAAGCAUGGGAACUCUGUGGCGCUGGGAGAGCGAGACUGCAGCAUUCAACGCAGACAUCAGAAGAUUCUCGAGGAGUCGCCGGCACCCCAUUUGCCCGACGCAACGAGGAAGGACCUCUGGGCGAAAGCCCGAUCAGCCGCGGUGGCAGUGGGAUAUGAAGGUGCCGGUACUGUCGAGUUCAUCUUUGACAAUGACACGGGCAACUUUUACUUCAUGGAGAUGAACACCCGGUUGCAGGUUGAGCACCCGGUAACCGAGAUGGUCACGGGUCAGGACCUGGUCCACUGGCAGAUUCUGGUAGCAGAGGGUGCCAAGUUGCCACUGACACAGGAAGAAGUGGAGGAAAAAAUCGCGCAGAGUGGCCAUGGUAUCGAGGCCCGGAUCUACGCCGAGAACCCCGAUCAAGGAUUCAUUCCAGACUCGGGCCGACUGCUCCAUGUCCGCACGCCGACCACUUCGGAUGAUAUCCGGAUUGACGCGGGGUUUGUGGAGGGGGACGAUGUGUCUGCGCACUACGACCCCAUGAUCUCUAAGUUGAUCGUCCGGGGCGCCACCCGCCAAGAGGCUUUUCGGAAACUGGCUGCAGCACUGGAGCAGUAUGAGGUGGCGGGGCCCGUGACCAACAUCGAGUUCCUCAAGACGAUCUGCCGGAGCCCGGAUUUUAUCGCGGGCGAGGUCGAGACAGGUUACAUUGAAAAACACCGGGAGGAGCUAUUCAUCUCGAAACCAAUCGAAGACGAAGUGCUCGCCCAGGUCGCGCUGGCAUGUCUGCACAGUGACUGCAGGUCGGGGCAGUCUUCUGGAGUUGCAGGAUCGGCUGUUGGGUUUAUUCCCAGCUCACAGAUUCGACAGCUGUCAUUUACCGCGCCCACGAGCGCCGGAGCUAGCAGUGGACCUAACUUCAAUGUGCGAGUACAGCAGACCGCAGACCACACGUUUCAGGUUGAAGUGGGUGGGCGAGUUUUCGAGCCGGUGGUGAGCCGCAUGGACCCGGCAUCGCACGUCGUUACCUCGUUCUUCCCACACACGCGGCUAGAUACUACCGUGGUCCGCGAUGAGGACACUAUUAUCGCUUUCCAGCGCGGUAUGCAGUACCGGUUGAGUGUGCCCCCGGCGCAGUGGAUGGAGAAGGCGUUGGGAAAGAAAGAUGUGACGAAUAGCGUGCUGGCACCGAUGCCUUGCAAGGUGCUGCGGGUGGAAGUACAGGCCGGCGACGAGGUGGACAAGGACCAGCCGCUGGUGGUGAUCGAAAGUAUGAAAAUGGAGACGGUCAUUCGCAGCCCGCAACGAGGCACCGUUGCCCGGGUGGUUCAUAAAACAGGAGACCAAUGUAAAAGUGGGACACCACUGGUCGAAUUCGCCGAGUCAGAAUAG